AAAAAAAAGAAAAAAAUCAUUUAAUUAUCUUUUCUUCGUAUGUCAUCGAUUUUAUUGCGAAAAGAUAUUUUUUUUGUCAUAGUGAAAUAUAACAUCUGUCGAGUAUAAUUAUUUUUGAAUAAUAAAAAUAAGAAGGAAAUUUAUAUAGACUGUUGGGGUGAAUGUUAUAAUACAUACUAUUUAUUGUCACAGUGAUGAAUAACAGUACACUUGUUGAAAAUUUUUUACUCUUCAGUUUUACUGGUAUAUGGAGACCAACAAGUUGGAAAAAUGGUUGGAAAAAAAAUUUAUAUAAUUUAUACAGUGUUUUAACAAUAUUUUUAUGCUACUGGUUUACAAUAAGUGAAAUACUUGUUAUUAUUUUUGUUAAAAAUAAUAUUAGUGAUUUUAUAAAUAUAACAUUUUUAUUAUUUACAAUGAUUGCCGUUUGUAGUAAAAUGACUAAUAUUAUUAUCAAAAGAAAAGCCAUUAUUAAAGUUAUCAAGUGUCUUAAUAUUGGACCAUUUAAAAUUCAAAAUAACAAAGAAAAAUAUAUUCAAAAUAAAUAUAAAAAAAUAUCAAGAUAUAUUUUUUUUUUCUACAUGGCAUUGUUGGAAGUGACGACAACGUUAUUUGUACUUGGCACUGUUUUUCAAGAUAGACCAGACAGAACAUUACCAUUUCGUGCAUGGAUGCCUUAUAAAUUUAAUAAUAAUAAAAUUUAUAAAUUUUCAUAUGUACAACAAUUAGUGACAAUAGCAAUUGCAGCAAAUGUUAAUAUUGGAUUUGAUACAUUUUUUCUUGGUGUAAUGACAGAAAUUUGUGGCCAAGUAAAUAUGCUGAAAUAUCGUAUUCAAAAUUUACUGGAUCAAAUGUGUGAAGCUGAGGAUAAAAAAAAGCUAAGUAAAAUUCAAUUGUCUGAAUAUGAAAAUAAAAUUGCUGAUUGUAUUGAGUAUCAUCUUGCAAUUCUUAGACUUGCUAAAUAUGCAAAUUCUAUAUUUUCAAGUGUUGUAUUUAUUCAGUAUUCACUUAGUUCAAUUGUACUGUGUACAAGUAUUUAUCAAGUUUCUCAGGCAUCAUUAUUUUCACCAGAAUUUAUAGCAUCAACUACAUAUGUUGCUGCAAUGUUUUCACAAAUAUUCAUGUACUGUAUUGCUGGACAUAUGGUUACACACGAGUUUGAUGAUUUGGGAAAUGCAAUUUAUGAUACAAAUUGGUUUGGUGUUAAUUUCAACACAAGAAAAAGUAUGACUCUCAUGAUGGCAAAGUGUCUAAAACCAGUCAUCAUUCAGAGUGGAUAUAUUGUUAAUUUAUCACUGGAUUCUUUUAAAAGUCUUUUGAAAUUAUCAUAUACUGCCUAUACAAUGCUCCAACAAUCAUAAUAAUGAUGAAAUUUAUUCUACUCUACUCUAUACAACUUACUUAAGUACUUCCUGCAAAUUAAAAAUAUUAAUUUCUGCUUUUUCUUAAUAUUAAAAUUAAUUUUUAUCAACAAAUAUAAUAUUGAAAAUUUUUAAUAUUUUAUUGAAAAAAAAAAAAAAAAAGUAUCAAGUAUUAUUUAUUGGUCAACAUAGAAAAUAUUAUUAUUAUUCAUUUCGAUCUCUUAGUGGUGUUAGUGGUUUAUGAGGUGACGAAACUGGUGUACCAAAUGGACUUUUUGAUAUUUGUGAUUUUGAUAAAUUUUCUUUUCCUUUAAUAUGUGUUAAUCUUCUUUUUUCAUCUGUCUGUAAUUUUUCAAUGAUUUUUGAUUGCUGAUCAAUCAAAUAAUUUUUUUCAUCCAAAUCCUAAAACAAUUUAUAAUAUAGCAUUACGUUAUAAUUUUUACGUAAAUCAGAUUUUUUUUUAUAUUAAUUCUUUAUACCUUUUCAAUUAUUUUUAAUGUAUCCUUUAGUUGAUUAUAAUUUUUAAUAUUUUGUUGUUCAUUUUUUUGGCUUAAUAUUUCAGUAUAUUUAUUUGUCAUUUCUUGAUAAUUUUUGUGUAAUUGUAAAUUUGAUUCCGUCAAUUUGUUUAUUUUUCUAAAAUCAAAAUGAAAUAAAAUAAAAAUAAAUAAAAUAGCUUAUGUUUUAUAUAAUGUAAAAAAAUAUAUAUGUACUCUUCUGCAA